UACACUAAAGAGAGAAGGCGCACAGUGCGUGGUGGGAGACCUUACAGUACGAGACUGGAUGCUGAUACCAGAAUCAAGGGGAAACCAGCGGUUUCGUGCUCGUCUGCGCUUUGGAGAUAAAAUAUCUCUCGUUUGGUCGUACCUGGACCAGGGACCCUAAAACAAACUUUUAUUGCGGCCACCCCCAUUCUGCGCGUCGCCUAGAUGAUGGAAUAGCUCUUCAGUUUUUUUUCUCUUUCAGAAACAGCAAGGAUAAAAUGCACACGAGAGGGCACCGUUCAAUAAACUCCUCACUGGACUGCCAGUCAGAACAAAAAAGGUCUCGACAGGUCGAUUUCCUUCGGUUACUUUGCGGCCAGUAAAAGCGUCCUUUUUCUCUUCCUGCCUUUAAUGUGUAAGAAAAUCUGUCAGACUGAUACUCUGUGUCGGAAUGCCAAAUUUCUUUAGAAUUCAGUUGUAAAAAGAGCCGACUAAGAAGAAAUAUCUUGUCAGAGAAAAUUAACAAAGACUGCGAACGACUGUCGUUGUUAAUUUAGCCUGCGUUGAAUAAUUAGAUUUACGAAAAUACCUCUACAGAACUCAUCAUAUAUUUCAUUUUAUAAGUAUGAAAUAAAAGUUGCCUCUGAAACUACACCCAAUGAUGAUCGCCUGAAUCACAAACAAUAGUUUUAUUUGACAGCAUGAGAGAGGUUAAUCACGUCAAAAUAUUUAUGGUCUAUAGAAAAUAAGUCAAUUAUAUUAGCCAAAAUGAAUGUAUGAUUACUUACGAAAAUGCACGCUCUUUUUUACGUGUCAAGCUAUAUAGGCCUUCAUAAACUACAUCUAAAUUUUAAUUUAUCCAUUUUGAUUUAUGUAGCCACCAGGAACAACUAGUCAUUAGUCACCAUAGUUCCCAACAUAGCAAACUUGAAAGUGCAGUUUUAUUUCUCAUGGGACAGCUUUAAAGAUACAAACCUAAAAAGUAUGUUAUAAAUGAACAUCAAAUGUUUUAUAAUGCAGCUGUUUGGAACAAGCAUCCUUACGGGCCACAUGUGCAAGGCUCGUCUAUUUAGCAUCGCUCAGCCUUGGCACAUAAUGUGAAUUUGGAUUGAUAGUAGCAGACCCGGGGGAAUGUGCAUGCAGAUGCUCACAGUGUAUAAUUUUCGAAUGUAUAAUUGGCCUUUUGGAUAUUUCAAAAGGAGAGCUCUGAAGAAACUCUGCCCUCGGAUGGCUCGCGCUUUGUGAUGCGGUUUUCUCCAAUAAGCCACUGUGUGUAAUGCUGUGUAAUUUUAUCCACACUGCACUCUCAUGAUUCACACAAGACUGAUACCUUGCCUCCCCUUCUCCUUUGUAUCAAUUGGUUGGAGUUCAGUCUAUUGUUGCUGGAAGGAUCUUUUAUUUCUAUGCACUGUCGAUCAACGAAAUCUCACGAUAGCCUCCUUCUGAAAUCCAGUGGCUUUUCUGCAGAUGCUGUCUAUUUGGAGAGCAAAGAGGACCUAUGACCACCGCCACGACUAAUCCACGCCGCUGUCAACGUGCUGGUCCUAAUCGAUUGCAACGGGUUUACUAGAUCUUUGCAGAUAAAGAGAAGAGAUCGGAAGAGAUAACACUGCCAAAUGUUUCGUGGGCUGGAUCAGUGCGCUUUGCUGCAGCGGCAGAGGCAAAUACGACUUCUUUAAUGGGACCCCUUGUGUUAGUUUCUUCUAUUCUAACAGGGAGACUAAGAAUUUCGGCCAUGCCACAAUGGUUAUAAUUUUAGUCUUGUUGUUGCUGAGUCUGUCGGAUCCCAGUAAACAAGAAGCUUUGUCCCCGAGGCGGGAUAGCACUCCCAGGGCGUCUUGUACGAGGGGUCAGGCGUGUGAUCCAAGGCAGCGGAGAGAUGCAGGGGGACGCGGGGGAGUCUACGAGCACCUCGGGGGAGCACCAAGAUGCAGAAAACUGUACUGUGCCACCAAGUACCAUCUACAAAUACACCCUAAUGGGAAAAUAGACGGUUCUCUAGAAGAAAAUAACCCGUUCAGCAUAUUAGAGAUCACAGCAGUUGACGUUGGAGUCGUGGCCAUAAAGGGUCUAUUCUCGGGAAGAUAUCUUGCCAUGAACAAAAAAGGACGCCUUUAUGCUUCGGACGUCUUCAACCAGGAGUGCGAGUUCGUCGAGCGGAUCCACGAGCUGGGCUACAACACCUACGCCUCGCGGCACUACCGGACCGCGCCGCCGGCCCCGGGAGGGGGCAGGCGGAGGGCGAGCGCGGAGAGACUGUGGUACGUGUCCAUAAACGGGAAGGGGCGGCCCCGGAGGGGCUUCAAGACCCGCCGGACAGAGAAGGGGUCCCUCUUUUUGCCCAGGCUGCUCGGCAACAAAGACCACGAGAUGGUGCACCAGUUCCGCACCAGCCACCGGUACCGGGAGAACAUCCUGCGGCCCGCCGGGCGAGCCGAACGCAGGCGGCGCCGGCACAGGGUCGCCGCGGCCAGGGGCGCAGAGCACGAGGACUGAUACCGCGCGCUGCACUGGAUGUAGGUAAAGAUUCUCCUCUACGGCCCGCCGCCAAAAUGCACAGCCCCUACAGCAUACGCCAGAAAACUGACAACACAAUCACUUCCUGUAGGGAGGAUGCUACUUUGUCAUUGGGAGGCACAGCGAAGCCAGACACACGUCGAUGCGAUAAGGUCUUGUAUUUUACUGUGUACAUAUAAAUAAGUUAAUGUGACCAAAAUCAAAACUGCUGGAUUUUUUUUUUCUUUUCUACAUUUUAUAUCACAUGGAAACCACUUAGAAAGGUUUUUUUGGAUCCUGUGCCGUAUUUUUAAAAUGUGUAAUUACUGUAUAUAUGUGUACGAUAGUUUUCCAUAUUAUCCCUGUUUCAACAAUGACCAGUUUAAUCUGUAUAAAUGUUUUUGGAAGCUGACAUGGACUGAGUACAUGUGCUUAGGCUGGCAAAGUUGAGUUAUGUUAGUUAAAUAAACAUUCUGGAAGUUGGCAUACAGUAAAGCACUUUUUCUGCUAAACACUAGUAAUUACUAAGUAAAAAAGGGGGAAAACAUGCAUACAUGAUUUAAAAAAAUGAUCUAUGAUGUGACAGCCUACUGCAUAAAUUUACUUUGUAUAUUACUGUUCUGCAUAUUUAUUUGGUUUCAUUACUUUUUUAAAUUAUUGAUGACAUACAGUUUCUACAUUUACAAAUGUUAUUGGUUCUGUAUUGCUUUUUUAUCAAAUGGUCUCAUUUAUUAAACUGAAAAUAUUAUUUUGAUUGGGUCUCAAAAGUACCGUUUAUUAUGUCAGUCACAAAAAGGCAUUUACGACAUUUAUAAGCUUACAUUUCUUUUUUUCAAUGGAAUACCUUUUGUGUCCUCUGAAUUCUGCCUUUAUUAAAUACUAAUACUUGCCAGAAAAUGUCAUUCAGAGCAAGACCUGGGGAAAAAACUACUUUUAGUGGACAAAACACUAUUUUAGUGGUAGAAUAAGGCAUAGUUUAAGUAUUUCAAUGCUGUAUCAAUAAUUGGGGCGUUUACAGUCAAUCAGCUAUUAUAUUGUAUGGAUAUCUUAAAUUAUUCAAGGAAAUGUCACCAAUAAAUGAUAUAGCAUAAUACUGUACAUACUGUUGUUGUUUUUAUCAAGGCGGUCUGAACCACAGCCUGACACACAGUAAAAUGUUCAGUGUAAAAUGAACCGAUCACUCCUUUUGUGCUCAUAUAGAUUAUAUUUGAUUAAUUAACACUGAACAUUUUACCAUGCAUGAAUGUAUUCAUCCAGAUUGUUGUCUAUGCGUUAGAACUGGUCAUUCUCCAUAUGGAA